CUUGUAGUCGCGUUAUUGUUGUUGUUAAAGCGUCGGCUAUCUUCCUUUUCAUAUAUUUUUUUAUUUGUCCUCUCUCUCAAUCGGCAACAAAACCUAAAAAUUCCCUCCUUUUCCCAUUUUUUUCCUUUAAUCUCAACCCGUUCAAGUGGAUCUGUAGCUUAUCCAAAAUAUCAACAGUUAACUUAUUCUUUCUUCUCCAGUGAUCUUUUUGGUUGCAACUGAGAGUGGACAACACUACACAAAAGAAAAGGAGAAAAGUAAAAGCGGACAAUUGCAACUUGAAAUAUGCUGCAAGUUUUGUAGAAAAAAAUUUGAAAACUUUCUUUUUUUAAUACUGGAAAACUUUCCCCUCCUUUAAUAUUAAUUCAUCAACAAUUUUGUUUUACACAUCUUCCCUGUUGUGAAAAUAUAUUUAUUGUCCAUCAACUAAUCUAAAAUAUUUUUUUCAAUUCUCCGUUACCUCAACUGGCUUUGAGGAUAUAUAAGAGAUUAAAGGAGGUUCCGCGAAUAACUAACAAACUUUGCUUAAUUGAAAAUACAUCCCCUCUAAAUAGCCUUUCUAGGAUUUUUAUUCUGUUAAUUUUAUUGGAAUAAACGCUAUCACAUAGUUCUCCGCGCUUCUACAUUUCAUACCCCUCUAGAGCUGAUGUGAGACGUAGGUGACUGAAAUUUAAUUUAUCAAUUUCCCUAACAAAUAGGUAAAAGACAAGAAGCGAAUGUUCUAUAACGGGGAUGAGUAUCGAGUUAUUCGAAACCCGAGAUCAGACCCAUGGGAAAUUUUGAAUGCUCAAACCCGAUUUUUCUCAUAGGCCAGUUUCAGACUGGGACAAUUGUCUAAAAUUAAUUUUAAUUCUCAGAUACAUGUUGUUGAUCACUAGAACAAAUUUAACAAUUUCCCUAGCAUUUUUAAUUAUUUUAUUUAUUAUUUCCCACAAUUUCCCCUCUACAAUAUUAGCUGAUAAAUUAACAACAAAUAAAGCUUCCAUAGACGGUGAAAAAUUAAAAACUCAAUUACUAGAAAGUUUAAAUAGUUAUGGAAAAAUUAGAGGAAGUGAAGAAUUUUUGGAGCCUAUUGGAAAUAAAAAUCCAAAAAAAUUAUUUUUGGAUGCUCAAACUACUUUUAAAGGUUUUUAA